UCCGUAUCAAAUUAUAUAAUUAAAAUCUGAAAUCAGAAACUCCUCAAUUUCUAUUGUUUUUCCGCUCUACUUUCUCUCUCUAUUUCUCUGAAAAACACAAGCCCUAAAAUCUUGAUCUGUAAACAAAUUUUCCUUCGUUGAAAAAUCAUCGACUUCACUCAUAUUCAUUUACUCAGAACCUCACUUAGUUUUUUUGACUCCACAAAAAAUAUCGACAUUUUUUAUUACGAAAUCAUUACCGUCGAUUUGACCACCAACGGCUCUGAUUAUCCACACCAAUCGCUGCAUGCCCAACCGGUAGCAACAACCACAAGUCAAUCUAUGUUUAGUGAUGAGAUUAGGCUUGAUUGUUUCUCUGGAUGCGUGGUAUUAGGUACAGGAUAAAUGCAUGUGAGCGGGGAUCUUGGGUUUUCUAGCCUGGUCAUUGUUGUUAGUUUGCUUUUUCCGGUGAUCGGCCUUAUUAUCCGCCGAAAAUGGCGGCUUUCUAUUGCCAGAAGGGAGGAGAUCAAGAGGCUGGUGAUUUUGGCCUCCGAGGAGGCCGCUAGAGCCGAGCUAGAGGCGACCCUCGGAUACGGCGCCGUUUCAGUUCCGCAGUAUCCUCAAUGCGCUGUUUGUUUCUCUCCAACCACCACGCGCUGCGCCCAGUGCAAAGCGGUUCGUUACUGUUCUGGUAAGUGCCAAAUUAUUCACUGGAGACAAGGCCAUAAGGAUGAGUGCCAUCCUCCCAGCAUCACUCAGGACAAUAAUGAUGAAGGUGCCAAUUCUAUUGAUCAGAAGUGGGCUGGCCAGGAGGAAUGUGAACUCAAUGAUGAUAGAUUUAAGUUUGAAGCCAGACAGCCUCCAACAUCAAUUGGUAUAUCAUCUGAAGAGUCUGCAAUGUCUUAUACCAGUACCCCUCCUGAAGUUCCACAUGGGAAGAAUGAUGAAGUAAAAAUCGAGCUUCAUGCAGAUGGGGAAGGAGCAAGUUCUACUAGUGAAUAUUCUGAUUCUUCAUUCUCUGGAUUCUCUGCUUCCCAUACCAGUAGUGAAUCAUCUGAUGAUGUUUCUGUCUGUGAGAGCAUUAGUUCAAAUGAGUCUGAGAAAUUGGAUGGACCUCUAUCUGCUGGUAUCUCUGUUGAUAUGCUUGAGACUGUUUCCAGUGUCAAGAAUCUGGAUCAGACCAAGCCAUUAUCCCCUAAAUUUGCUAGUUUGGUCGAUUCUGUCGAUAAUUACACUAAUUUAAAUAAAUUAAGUAAGAUUAAACCGGGUUGUAGUAGAGAGGGUCAGUGCACAUCAACUAGUUCUUCAGGUUCAAGAAUUAGUCGCAUGCAUGAGGGUUCAAAUGCUGAAAGUUGCACAGUGUCUUCUGGUUUCUGGGGUAGAACUCUAGAGUCCACAAUGGAUGCCUGUGCUGAUUCUUCUAGGUCCAAUUCCCCUUCGUGUUCGUCGAAUUUGUCCCCUUCCCCCUCAUUGUCUGCCAGGGGCUUUGAGGUGAAGGGGAUUGUAUCAGAUGAUGCUCUUCUAGCAGCUUCGGGAAGGCCCAAAGAUGGAGUAGCUAAAACUAGUAAUGUCGAUUUUCUAGAGGUCAGGAGCUCCCCAUCCUUGAACUGCAAAUCAUCUAGUCUCACAGUAAAUGGCACUAACGUUGCUUCACAUACACCAAAGUCCCGGGAAGUAAAAGCUUCAGUAUCUUUCUCUUCUCAUGUUCCUCCAUCAUCUAGUGUUAGAAAAGAUUCAACAAGUGUGGAUGCUUCAAAUAUCAGUAGUUUGCAAUCCUCUAGCUCUGAAAAGUCAAAUACUGUGAUUAAUGACAAUGGUGGUACUUCACAUCGUGUUGAAGUGCAUUCAGUUCCAAGUGUGAGAUCCGGUAGAAUCAACGAUGUUCAGGCAAGCUCUCCUUUGUUCUCUCGGGUUGAGAGCUGCUUUUCAAAUGAUAAGAAUGGAAUAAAAACAUCUCUAUGGAAAGCUGUCGAUCAGUUCAGAGGACCUAAAUCUUCGAAGCAAUAUCCAUACGGGGUUGGAAGUGAGACUGCUGGAAGAUACAGUGACAAGGGGCUAUUCUCAUAUGAAUUAUUUGUCAAACUAUAUAAUUGGAACAAGGUAGAACUACAGCCAUGUGGCCUCAUAAAUUGUGGGAAUAGCUGUUACGCCAAUGCUGUGCUUCAGUGCUUGACAGUUACUCCUCCUCUGACUGCUUACUUUCUUCAGGGACUCCAUUCCAAAGAAUGUGCGAAGAAAGAAUGGUGUUUCACCUGUGAGUUUGAAAAUCUAAUAUUGAAAGCAAAAGAAGGAAAAUCCCCUUUGUCUCCCAUUGGGAUAUUAUCACAACUUCAAAGUAUUGGAAGCCAACUUGGUAAUGGGAGAGAGGAAGAUGCUCAUGAAUUUCUAAGGUAUGCUAUUGAUACAAUGCAAUCUGUUUGCCUUAAGGAAGCUAGGGUGAAUGCUUCCGGCCCUUUGGAAGAGGAAACAACUCUCAUAGGCCUUACAUUUGGAGGCUACCUUCGAUCGAAGAUAAAAUGCAUGAAAUGCCAAGGCAAGUCGGAACGACAGGAAAGGAUGAUGGAUCUUACUGUUGAGAUAGAAGGGGAUAUAAGAAGCCUAGAAGAGGCUCUUCAACGAUUUUCCGGUACAGAGAUUCUGGAUGGGGAAAAUAAGUACCAAUGUGGAAGAUGCAAAUCCUAUGAAAAGGCCAAGAAGAAGUUGACAAUACUGGAAGCUCCUAAUAUUCUUACAAUUGCAUUAAAGCGAUUUCAGUCUGGUAAAUUUGGCAAGCUCAAUAAAUCUAUUCAGUUCCCAGAAAUACUGAACCUGGCACCAUAUAUGAGUGGAACAAGUGAUAAGUCACCUAUAUAUAGGCUUUAUGGAGUUGUGGUUCACUUGGAUAUUAUGAAUGCUGCGUUUUCUGGACAUUAUGUGUGCUAUGUAAAAAGUAGCCAAAACAAGUGGUUCAAGAUUGAUGACAGCAUGGUAACACCUGUGGAACGCGAAAAGGUGCUAGCAAAGGGGGCAUAUAUGCUCCUUUAUGCAAGGUGCUCUCCUAGGGCUCCUAGAUUGAUUAGGAACAGAAUAAUUUCACAUGAUCCAAAAAAUAAAGUGAUUCCUUCCUGGGUAACUGGAAAGACUACUGCAUCGAAUUUAAAAUCCCCUUCCACACACUCUAGUGUUGUUCAAUUUUACCCCAGCUCAAUUCCUCCUGAUGGUCCAGCUGGCAUUGAAUCUUUUUAUUCAAGAUACCACCAACUGCAAAAGAUCUUAGAAGAAGAUUCCAGUGACAGUUCAUCUCUUAUUAGCAGCAAUUCUGAUGAAGGUUCCUGCAGCACUGAUAGCACUCGGGACUCUUCCAGCACAGAUGACAUUUCUGAUUAUAUAUUUGGGGAUUCAGGAUGUGGCUGGAACAGCCCAUGGAGGAAUUCUUCUGAUUCUGACACCUCCUCAUUGUCCUCUUCCUCACCCUUGGCCACGAGGCAUUCAGCCUUUUCCAACUCAGACCAAGCUGAUUACACAGGAUCUGGCAUGGAAGGUGUUGGUCAUAGUAGGAGUAACAAGCAGGGGCAUUUGGAAGGUAGGGGAAAUAUAUCGAUUUUGCAUUACGACAGAACUAAACAGUGUAGAAAGUUAGCUAGUAGUAGUUGUAGGUGACUGACUCAAAGAGCUUAGGAUGGGUUAGCCCUUUAAAGGAUGUAAAAUCUGGGGUAAAUUUUAGAAAAACAAGUAAGGGAAGUACAGAUUAAGCCAUUAUAUUUAAAAAGGGGGGGUAAAUAAGAAUCAGGGAGAGGCUGUAUGUAAUGUACUCUUGUAGCUGGCUUUGUUUAAAGAAUCAGCUAUCACCAUUUUGUCCAUGUCUUUCCCUUUUAAUAAUGUGAUAUAGAAAGCUUUACAUAAAGAGUGUACAGUUGGAAAGGGAGCUCCCAUGGUGGAGACCCUGAAGGAGUGUAAAUCUAGUAACUCUUCGUUAUCUUCACCAAGGAAUGAAUAAAACUUUUACUAUUUUA